AUGGCGUUCAACCCAAACCCUCCAGGACUGGGCUUCCCCUACUUCCCUCCAAACCCUUACCUUCCAAGGCCACCGCCGCAGCCCCAGCCGCGGCCACAAGCCCCGCCACCACCACAGCGCUUCCCACCACCGAUGCGAGCCCCACCACCGCCACAGUGUGCUCCGCCGCCUCCUCAGCCUCCGCCGCCACGACGCGCUCCACCACCACCACGCCGUGCUCCCCCGCCGCCCACAUUGCCACCACCACCACCACGUCGUGCUCCUCCGCCCACCACUCUGCCCCCACCACCGUCACCGCCUAUUCGCCCACCGCCACCGCCUAUUCGCCCACCGCCACCGCCAACUCCUCGGCCACAAGCGCCACCACCGCCUCACCCGUUCGUGCCACCUCCGCCGCAUAUCCUGCCUCCGCCGACGCCCCUGCUGCCUCCGCCUAGCCCUCCUCACCACAUUGUCAUCAUCGUGGUGUUCGUCUCACUGGGCAGCCUGCUGCUGCUGGCAUGCCUCGCCGCGCUCCUCUGCUGGCACAAGAGGGGGAGAAAGACAGAGACCAAGGCUGAGGUGCUCAACUUCAGCGACCACGUCCACGUCCACAAGGAUACCAUGCCAGGUCCUGGGGCUGCCAACGUCGUCAGGCUCACAGUAGACGAAGACGUCAAGUUCCAAGAGGCAGUCAAGAAGCAGGACGCCAUUGGCGAGUCCUCGAGCACUGCAGCAGCUGGGAAGACGACACAUCACCACCUCCCUUGGACCUGGCACAAGAAACAUGAGAGCAGAGAAGAUAAGAAGACUGAGCUCAUCAAUGUCACAAAGCACAAGCAUGUCGACGAGAAGAUCAUACCUGGGCCGCACGGCGAAAAGAUUGAGGUCCUUUCAGAAGAUGAAGAUAUCAGAUUUGAAGAGGCCGGCGAGAACAAAGAAGAGUUUGAGAAAUCCAAGGCACGCAUAACCAAGUCCUAA